UCAUCGUCGUCCGACUCGAGUUUGUUUAUGUUUUGAAAUCGUUUUACGCUGUGCUGUGUUUGUCGGCGGAAUAGUUUCAGUAAAAGUGACUAAAUUUCCGGGAUAAUAGUGUUUUAAUUUGUGAUUUGCGAUCAACUAACGGUGAAUAAUUCAGUGCGCGAUAAUGUCGUCGUCUAACGGUGGUGUCAGCAGUGCCGACAGUUUCGGUUUCAGCGGGAUGAAGAUUUUUGAGGUGGCGCGCGACUGCCUGCCGGACGAUCGGAAGCGAACGCAAAAUCUGGUGGAAACGAAGGAUGACGUGCUGUUUGUGUGGAAUUCGAAGAAUUGCUGCGUGCUGACGUUGAACUGGCGAGCGGCCAGCACCCGGAAGGACCAGCAGCAGAAGUAUCAGACGCUAAUUCCAUCGGCACCGCAAAACUUUACCGUGGAGAAGAUUUUGCCAUCGGCGGAGGGCACCUUCCUGGCGCUGAGUGGCCCUCGUGGACUCUCGAUCCUGGAGCUGCCCCGCCGCUGGGGCCCCAACGGACAGUACCAGAACGGGAAGGAGUGCAUCAUUUGUCGUGCAUACAACCUAGACGAACAUCUCUUCACCGAGAAUCCCAAUCUAGAGGUUCUACAAAUCCGGUGGCAUCCGGCAUCACCGACUGAUUCCCACAUUUUGGCUCUCCUAUCGGACAACUCGAUUCGCGUCUACGAUGUGGACUCGCUACGGCAUGUGUGGCGUGUUGGUCCUUCGCCAGGGCUACUUGUUAACGGUGGUCACCCCGUCUCUCCGUCGCCGGGCCACGCGAGUACAUCCGCGAAGCUGGCCUAUCUCAACAGCCUCGGCGAUACGGCCGUUGAUUUUGACAUUGCGCCGCCACGUGUGGUUUCGGCGACGACGGUCAACGGCAGCGACGAUACGACGAUGCUCUCCAGCCGGACUACGAUGGUCAGCAUGAUGCGGGACAAUCUGAACAUUUCUUCAGCAACGACGACGAAUUCAUUCGUCAAAACACAAAAACCCAACAACGAUAAAGUCGAAUGGCCCAUCGUCAUUCUACGCGGUGAUGGAAACGUCUACAUUCUAUGUGCUGGCAUUGACACGGAUCGCCCCAAGCUGCAGGGACCGAUUUCAAUUCUCCCCCAAGUGGAAGAUAACUAUGGUUUGGACUCCUGUUCGUUGGUUGUUAUCCCAUCUCUACCACCCACAAUCAUAAUCGCCGAAAGCACCGGCAAAACACAUCAUGCUCUGCUCCUGGAAGAAGAGUUCCCAGCUGAGAGAUCGUUCAAUGAACUGGACUCCAGUCUGAUCAUCUACCCCUCGGAAUGGUACCUUCAGGUUUUGGAAACUGUUGAACUCGAACUUGGACUCACCGGAGUUGAUGAAACUAAAACCUAUUCUUGUCCGAUUCAUUUGAAGCGAGACCUACUCAAUGAAUCAAGAUACUUUGCUUAUCACAACGCUGGUCUUCACGCGAUCACAUUGGAUUUCACUCGCCAGCUUGUACUAUUUGUUGAGAGCGAGGAAGACACAAGCGAUCGUUAUCCACUAUUCACAUCUCAGAGCCGUGCCGAAUACGUUGUCUGUACCAAAGCGCUCCAGCAUAUGAGCUCAAAUGCCGUUAUAGGAUUUGCUUUGUUACAAUCUCCCUCCGGAGUUCUGCUACAGCUGGCAUCGGGCCAGGUCGUCACUCUUGAUUUGAUCAGUGACCAUCACAUGAUUCACGAUUGGAAAGUCAAGUCCGGUUCAAAAUCAUCAACUGGCACGGAAUCACCACUGAAGAAACUGCUGAAAGAUCCUUUCCAAGAUCGGAUUCAAUCGAUACUUAAGUCCGGUACAACUCAACCUAUUUUAAAGUUGGACAAAUCCUCGGAACCAACGCCACAAGAAUCAUUUGAACUAUUAACCCAAGCGACCCGGAUGCUAAGGGAGCAUUAUUUCGUGAAACAUGACAAAGCACGUCAGGAGAUUGAAAGGAGAGUUCAUGUGCUCAGGUUACUGAAGGACCAACAAUUGAGGGAAAUAGCACAGCUACAGCAGGAAAAACAACAGAUUCGGGAAACGGCGGAACGAUUGGCUGAAAAUUAUGAAGACAUUUGCGAUAAGCAGAAUGCAUUGUUUAAAAGAGCUCAAGAAGUGGUACGAUUAGCAACUUUGCGCCUUCCGAAAGGAUCAUUCUCGGAAAAGAAGUACGCGGAAAUGAUCGAAAAAAUUUGCAAUGCGACGAAACAACUUCAGAAGAAUGUUGAUCAGGCUAAACAGAAAAUCAGUGCCCAGCAGGUUCAGGUAGAACAGAAACAGAAGGCAUACAACGAAAGAAUCGUAACACUGCCGAAGAAGCAGGAAGUAAUUAUUCAGCAGAUUAUUAGUGAAAUGUACACACAAAUUGAUGGAUACGUCAAAGACAUAAAGAAGAUCAAUAACAUGCUGAAUCUAUCCUAAACGGAUAAUUUCAAAGUACAUCAUUUGAAUGUCGUAAGUACAGGAUGCUAAGAUUUUACUUUUACACAUAUUUUACUGUACCAUGUUCCAUACAUUAUCGAUUCAAUAAAGAAAAAUGUAAUGUUA